CUUUGUGGCACAAUGGCGAGUAAAAAGCAAGAAUCUGCCGAGGUUGACGAGAAGUUCCUGACGUGCGCGAUCUGCAUGCUGCACUUCCGGGACCCCAGAAUCCUGCCAUGUCUGCACACAUUUUGCAAACAAUGUCUGCAAGAAUGGGCCACCAAACAACAGCCGCUGGAGUGUCCAACCUGCCACAAACGGGUCAGUCUUUCAGAACAAAGUGUUGGCAGACUCAUGAGCAACUAUUACGUCAACAAACUGCUGGACUUCGCGGCCGUGAAGAAAGGGGCGGAGCCAGGUGUGCCGUGCCAGGUGUGCGAGGGGAAGGAGGGAGGAUCGCGGGUAUGGUGCGUACAGUGUGCCGUUCUGCUCUGUGAGUCCUGUACAAACACACAUCGCAAGUUUCCUGCCAUGAGAGGGCAUCAGAUCGUGACCAAAGAGAACCUCGAAGCCUCUGAAGGUGUUCCCAGCAACUUUCAGCGUAAAGCCUUCUGCCCGAAGCACGAACAACAAGUUUUAAGUUUCUACUGUGAACCUUGUCAGACUCUGGUCUGUGUCGACUGUACUGUUGUUGAUCAUCGACGGAGUGAUCAACACAAUCCCGUAGACAUCGUCGCCGUCGCUGAGAGAAAGAAACAAGAUCUACAAGAACUGUUACUGAAAGUCGAGCCUAGAGAAAAAGUCGUGCGAGCGACCCUGAGUAAAGUGGAGACGGAAAUAUUGGAGUUGCCAACAAUGGCAGAGGCAGCGAUUGAAAAGGCCACAGAAUAUUUUGACGAACUGAUCGCCUUGAUUCAAGACAGAAAAGAAGAGGUUGUCAAAGAAAUAGGCUCAAGCCUCAAGAGAGUCGGAGCAUGUCUGGACACACAGAAAGAAGCGAUGGAGUUUGAGUUAACCGGACUGAUCAUGGCGUCUGAGUUCUGUAAACAAGCAUUGGAACACCGUAGUGACGUGCACGUCAUCGAGGUCGAGGGUCAAGUACGACAGAGGGUGGAAGAACUACUGACAACUCCAACCGACCUGACAGCCCGACCGAGUCACGUCGUGUUCUCGGAGGGGACGGCUGUGGAGGAGCUCAGAGAUGCCGUGGGCCAGGCGGGGUUCGUACAAGUCAAAGUAAAGGUAGACGCAUCUAAAUGUUCACUUGAUAUAAAACCUGUCGUGGUAGAGUGUAGAAAUGUCUCUCUCUUCAGCACAAUUGAUAGAAAUGGGCGACUUUGUUCUGUGCCCAAAGAUGACAUCACAGCCCUCCUAACGGACCCCUUGGGCCGGGCGGUACCAACACAGCUGCAGCAGAAGGGCAAGGGAUUGUGGGAAAUCUCCUACACACCCGAGGUCACCGGCAACCAUAGGUUAGAGGUCAAGGUGAACGGCAUGUCUGUGGCGGGAAGUCCGUAUGACGUCAUAGUGGAAAUCAGGGACACCCCAGUCUUAACCAUCGGAGGAGAAGGAGGUGGGGAGGUAGAACUUUCUUGCCCAUCAGAUGUAGCAGUGGACAUGGAUGGUAACAUUGCAGUCUUGGAGGCAGGGAACAGACGGGUUCAGAUAGUCGAUUCCAUGACUGGCCAGUCGCUUAGGUGUUUCUUGCUUGAUGGUGAGGAUUCGUUCGGCAUAGACACUGACUCCAGUGGACAGUUUUUGGUGACGUCGGAAAACAUGUUCAGCGCUGGCAAACAAGCAGUCUUUGUGUACUCAAAGGAAGGAAAACUCACAAGAACCGUAAAACCUGACUGUUUACAGCAUGCGACUGGUGUUGCAGUUCUGAAGGACGGCCGCAUGGUGGUGGCGGAUAACAGGCAGAUGUCGUGUCUCCUCCUGCAGCAUGACGGGAGUCACAUCCGGGACAUCGGCAAGGGGCAGCUACAAAACCCAUGGUUCAUAGCGGUGGACGAAUCACGUGACCUUCUCUUUGUCACUGACACCGCUGCCCAUAAAGUGUUCGUGUUCGACCUUGAGGGGAAGUUGAAGUUUAGUUUUGGUAAAUUUGGGGAGAGUGAUGGAGAGUUCAACCGUCCAUCGGGGAUGACGUUAGACCCGGCAGGAAGCAUUAUCGUAGCGGACCUGAAUAACCGCCGUCUGCAGGAGUUCAGGCCUGACGGGACGUACCUGAGAACCGUGGCCGCAGUUCAGGCGGGAAGCCCCGCUGGAAUCGCGAUGACACCGGAUGGCCACAUAGCUGUAGCGUGUUUUUCUGGACAUUGUGUCGAGUUGUACAGGUACAUGUAG